UCAGUCGCCAAAGACCCAAUCUGCAAACAUGAAGUUCUUCGUCGUUGCUGCCCUGGUGGCCGUGGCUGCCGCCGCCCCCUCCACCCCCUACAGCCCCCGGCCGGCCUACCACCCGGCCCCGGCCUACGCACCGGCCCCCGCCUACCACCAGCCGUCCUACAAGGAGCCCGCUCAGCCGUACCAGUUCGACUACGCCGUCAACGACCACUACUCGGGCGCCGUCUUCUCGCAGAACGAGAACAGCGACGCCAAGAACGUCAACGGCUACUACUCGGUCAACCUGCCCGACGGCCGUGUGCAGACGGUCAAGUACGUGGCUGACCAGCAGGGCUACGGAGGCUACAACGCCGAGGUGACCUACGAGGGCGAGGCCCGCUACGACGCGUACAAGCCCAGCUACAAGCCCAGCUACAAGCCCGCUUCGUACGCCGCUCCGUCCUACCAGCCCGCCUACAAGCCCGCCUACAAGCCCGCUUACCAGCCCGCCUACAAACCCGCCUACAAGCCCGCUUACCAGCCCGCCUACAAGCCGGCUUACAACUAAAUACCCGCAAACAAAAUUGUCAAUUCUAUUUAUAUGUACUAAAUAGCUCUAUUUCUGUUUGGUCUGUUUGUUGUGAACGUUUAUGAGUGCACAAAAUAUACAUUUCAGUGUCGUUUA